AUGCAACUGCUCUGCAAAGAGACACAAGACGUGUUGCCUGAUGGCUUUGCCUGCCCAACAAACAACACCCUGGAGCUGAACGGCGUCCAGAUCAUCCACCCUCUGUACGCCCACCCUCUGGACUGCCAGCGGUUCUACGUGUGCCUCAACGGCAAAGACCCGCGUGAGAACUCCUGCCCGGACCUCACCGUGUUCAACGACUACUCCAUGAAGUGCGACGAUCCCGCCAACGUGCCUGGAUGUGAGAACUGGUUCGAGUCCGACGCCAAUGCCGAGACUCCGGCCAAGUCGCAACGAAGGCGUUGAAACCGCAUUCAAAUCCCGUCAUCACGCCUGUAGUUGAAACGUCUUUUUGCCUAUUUCACUUGGCGGAAGAAUAAGAGACCGAAGAAGAGAACAAGCAUAAGGCUACAACAACAAAAAGCAGACAUGGGUUCUUCUUCAUCUUCUUCAAAGCCGAGCAGUUUUAUUUUUUCGUCAUUAUUCCUAAUCCGGCAUUCAGGCAUAUACAUACAUUCCUUCUCCGGACCCUGAAGAUGAUUUCGGCAUGCAGAAAUGAGGCGUUCAAGGUUGAGAGACCUUGGCCUUGUGAUGCGAUGAAGGCCUCAUUCAUCAGGAUGACCUCUGCAAAUCCGUUUUUUUUUUCAAGAUCUCCGGUGACCGGCUUUUCCGACUCUUUUUUGCGAUACCAGGCAGGAAAAAAACAAAACAAAGAAAAAUGGAUGAGAUUUUUUUUUCGACACAAGCUGUGAGAACAUGAGAGAGAUACUUUUUUUUCGAGGAAACCUUGAGAAAUGAACAAAAUUAACGUUGUUUCAAAGUUUUUUUUGUCCUGAUCGAAUGAGAAAAAGGGUGUGUUGUUGUUUUGGUAUAUUGAGCCAAAUUUCGAUGUAUGAUGUUUGUAAUGAAAAUCGUGGGAGAGGGGGAACUUUUUUUUUUCCGAGAGGAUGAAGAAUAUCGCGCUGUACACCAUCAACAUUCUUUCGUGCAGCGAGAUCGAAAUACAUGAGACCAUGAACCUCCUGAAAA